CGCCUCCUCUCAUAUGUACCUGUCCGGACCCUAAGGUCAUCCUCAGGGGUCCUCCGCGAGCCCCUGCCAAAGGAAGUGAGGCAGGUGGCUACCAGGAGCAGGGCCUUCUCUGCUGUCGCACCCCGGCUGUGGAAUGAGCUCCGCUUGGCACCUACAUUAUAUGCUUUUAGACGCCAGGGAGAGGAGGUCGUGCCGCCAUGGAUGUGCUUGGGAGCACCACCGUCUUCUUGGUCAUCAGCCUGCUCUUCCUGGUGGCCUGGAAGAAGACAGCGGCCAAGAGAAAAAACCUUCCUCCUGGCCCAACACCCCUUCCAAUCAUUGGGAACCUCCUGCAACUGAAGACCGACAACAUGAAGGAAAACCUGAAGAAGAUGAGCGAAAAAUAUGGGCCAGUGUUCAUGGUGUAUUUUGGCUCAGACCAGACAGUGGUCCUCUAUGGUUACGACAUCGUGAAGAAGGUUCUGGUCGACCGUGGAGACGAGUUCUUGGACCGAGGCAGCUUCCCAUCAUCAGAUAAAGCCAGCAGAGGACUUGGUCUUUUCAUGGCCAAUGGCGAGGGUUGGGUCCAGGUCCGUCGCUUCUCUCUCUCCACCUUGAGGAACUUUGGCAUGGGGAAGAAAAGCAUCGAGGAACGUAUCCAGGAGGAGGCAGAGUAUUUCGUGAAAGCACUCAGGGCCAAAAAGGGUCAGCCCUUCAACCCAGCCACCCUAUGCAGCGGCGCUACCAGCAAUGUGAUCAACCACAUCUUGCUUGGAGAGCGGUUUGAUUACCAGGAUGAGGAGUUUGUCCAGGUCCUCCGCCUGCUCUCUGACAGCUUACGACUCGAGAGCUCAGCCUCAGGUCAGCUCUACAACAUCUUCCCCAGGAUCAUGGACUACUUGCCUGGUCCUCACCAAAGGUUCUUCAAGAACCUGCAUGAGAUCCGGGACUUCAUAACCAAGAAGGUGAAGGAUCAUGAGGAAACCCUGGACCUCACUGGCAUUCCUCGGGACUUCGCAGACUCCUUCCUCCUUAAAAUGGAGCAGGAGAAGCACAACCCCAAGACUGUAUUUACUAGAGAGAAUUUGAUCGUGAUAAUUUUUGACCUAUUCCUGGCUGGGACAGAAACAACCGCCAUCAGCCUCAGAUACAUCUUCAUGAUCCUGCUUGAACACCCUGCAGUAGAAGCAAAGAUCCAUGAGGAAAUAGACCGAGUGAUAGGGCAGGAACGGCCUCCUGCCAUGAAGGACCGACCUGAGAUGCCCUACACAGAAGCUGUCAUCCAUGAAGUGCAGCGAUUUCUUGAUCUCAUCCCCUUAGGAUUUGUCCGUGUGGUGAAACAGGACAUGGAAUUCGAAGGCUUUACCAUCCCAAAGGGUGCUACUAUUUACCCAAUCCUGAGUUCUGUACUCCAUGACUCCAAGCAGUAUAAAAAUCCAUCUCAGUUUGACCCAGAACAUUUCCUGGAUGAAAAAGGACACUUCAAGAAGAAUGGAGCUGACAUGCCCUUUUCAGCAGGAAAGAGGAACUGUCUAGGCGAAGGACUGGCCCGGAUGCAACACUUCUUAUUUCUUACCACCAUCCUGCAAAGUUUCCGUCUCAAACACCCUCCGGGAGUCACUAAAAUCAACCUCACUCCAGAGAUCAGCGGCAUCACAAACAUCCCACACCAGGUCACGUUCUGCUUCUCCCCACGCUAAGCGGCAACCUCAGCUCCAGGGUCACGGCUUGGCCUCGUGCAAGGACUCAGCGCAUUCAUUCAUUCAUUCAUUUUCUGGUUUUAAUGCACAAGGCACAUGGGGGGGGGGAAGCCGCCACAUCAGGAAAAGAAGAGUUCUAACUUCGCUUUCUAAUAUAUAUAAGGUGCAAGAACGCACACAACUACUCGAACCACUAGUGGAGUAGGAUGAUUAACAAGAAACCCAUUUAUUAUUAUACAAAAAUUACAAAAAAGCUGAUGUAUCCUAGC